ACUGCAUUAAGUAUUAGAUACACUACACUGUGCGGAUAUGCUACAGACAACUGUACACAUACACAAGUCUGGGAAGAUUUACAGAGAGGAAGAAGAUACACACUCAAGUUCUUGCCAGGUCACAUUGGGUGGUUUUGAAGGCUUUGUUGAUGGUAAGAUCGGAGCUUCAAGAACUGACCGUAUUUCCUCUGACCUGUAGCAGCCAAGGCCAGUGGUGGAUUCAAAAUGCUUCUCUUACACAGCAUACAACCAAAUUUGGUUUUGCACUGCUGACUCAAUGCUGGCAAAAGAGCAGCGUAGUAAAGAAAGAGGAUCAGCUAUAAAAGAGCCAUCAUGUUCCCCACAAUCAUCUUCAGAAUCGAGUUAUACAGCA